AUGGGUACUAAUGGCGAUCCCUAUAUUCGCGAAGAACUAUGUAUGGUUCGAAAAUGUGACGAUGAAGAAGAAACGCAUUACCAGGAUUCAACUUUUGGAAAGUCUGACGAUGGAGAAGAAAUGGAUUACUGGGACUCAAGUCUCGAUAUAACCAAUCUUAUGCUUGAUUACGAAGCUGGAGUCAAACCUCAACUUGUAGUGCAAGCUAUUUAUGACCGUAUUGAAGCAUAUAAAAGGGUACAGCCAUCUGUCUGGAUUCAACUUCAGUCUAUGGAAGAUGUUAUGGCUGCAGCCAGUGAGCUGGACAGGUGUUGGCCAGAUAAAUCCAGUAGGCCGCCGCUGUGGGGCGUACCUUUUAGCGUCAAGGAUAACUUCGACAUUGCGGGCAUUCCAACCACGAUUGGAUGUCCAGCUCUAGCAUACACCCCUACUUCUUCAGCGCUAGUUUAUCAACGAUGCAUUGAUGCUGGUGCUCUUUUCAUUGGCAAAACCAACAUGGAACAACUAGCUAUUGGCAUGACAGGUUGCAGAUCUCCAUAUGGCAUUUUGCACUCAACCUUCAGCCCAUCUCGUAUUGUUGGCGGGUCGAGUAGCGGUAGUGCGGUAAGUGUUAGUGAAGGGUUGGUAUCAUUCUCUUUGGGCAGCGAUACAGCAGGCUCGAUUCGGGUUCCUGCACAUUUUAAUGGCCUCGUUGGUUUCAAACCUACGAAAGGAACUGUCUCAGCUCACGGGGUGGCACCAGCAUGUCUCCAUCAGGACUGCGUUUCUUUUCUGGGCCUCACCACGCAAGAUACGGAAACAGUCUGGAAAAUUUGUCAGGGAUUCGAUAAAAAUGACUAUUUCGCCAAAUCUCCACCUUUCAAUGUUUCAUCGCAAGUGUUAUCCACAGAUGCAAAACCCGCAUUCAGAUUUGGCACCCCACCGGAUUCUGCACUCAAAGUCUGCAUUCCCAUCUAUCGGGAGCAGUUUAAUCGUGUUGUAACCACUCUUGAAUCAUUAGGUGGUCAACGAGUGGACUUAGAUUGGACGCCCUUCGCGUCAGCUAACGAGCUUCUCUACGAUGGUACGUUCGUCCUAGAGCGACUUACUACGCUACCCGAAGGCUGGUUCGAGAAGAAUAAAAAACUCCUCCACCCUGUUAUCUGCUCCGUCUUCGAAGGUGCACUCGCACGCUCUACUACAGCUAUUGAUGUAUUCAAGGAUUUGCACAAACAAGCCGAGUAUAAAAGAAUGGUCGAAAACAUUCUUACACUAGAUGAUGAUUCUAGCGAAUUAACCGUCAUGGUGGUCCCUACUACACCUUUCCACCCCACGAUUGACGAAGUUGCGAAAGAUCCUAUUGGGAUUAAUGGACAGCUAGGUGCUUUUGCACAUUUUGCUAAUGUUUUGGACCUGGUAGCUGUAGCGGUUCCUUGCGGGACUUAUAAAUAUGGCAUUGAUAAAAUAGAAAGUUUACCUUUCAGUGUCACGAUAUUGGCGGGAACGGGAUUAGAUCGCCAGCUUUUACAUUUGGUUAAGUGGUUGGAGGAUGCGUUGAGGGAUAUUGAGGAAGUGGAACCAUGGGAUUUGCAGCUUCGAGAAUUGGAGAUUAGAAGAAAAUAG